AUGGCUGAAUGGGUUAAUGUACAAGGUCUCGAUAUCCCUGAUGACCGGCUUCCUAUAGCUCUUGGUCAAGUUUAUUUACCUCGUAAUUUACACAAAUUCUUACGCAUCAAAGAUCGUGAAGAAGUUACGGCAACCCACGGCGAGAUCCUCCAACUCAUAACUUGUUUCCAUCCAUCUACUCAUAUUUCAGGAAAUAUUUCCAACCCUCAAAGCGUGAUUGUGAUGUUUCAAUGGCUUGUCCUUCCUUGGAUCCUUUCCUUUGAAUCAAUGGACUACGAGACUAAUAUCAUGAAGUUCUCCAACGAGUGA